UCACAUAAUAAUAUCCUACCAUUUUCUUAAUCUAGGGUUUCUUUCGCGCAAACAGAUAUGGCAGACGAAGCACAGUACUCUUCAGGUCUCGAUGCCGGCAGCAACAAGCGUAAAUACGAUGACCAACCCCCUCUCCCCUCCGGCGCUAGGAGGCCUACUGGUUUCUCUUCCCCAGAUUCGGCUCCUCCUUCCUACAACAGCGUUCCGCCGCCGCUCGAUGGCAUCGAGAUGGCCAAGCAGCGAGCUCAGGAGAUUGCUGCUCGCCUGACUGCCUCCGUCGCCUCCGCUGGGGCCGAGCCCAAGCGCCCUCGUUUUGAAAACGGCUCCGGCGGUGGUUUUGAUCACGACAAGGGGUUUAGCUCCGCUCCUUCUGAUGUAAAACCUCUUUCGAAUUCUGCUCCUUCAGCUAUACCGGUUUCGUAUGGCAGCUACCAUGGUAGUAGCAAAAAGAUUGAUAUUCCUCAAAACAGGGUCGGUGUUAUAAUCGGGAAAGCUGGAGAAACCAUUAAAUAUCUUCAACUACAAUCUGGGGCAAAGAUUCAGGUCCAAAGAGAUAUGGAUGCUGACCCUAAUUCUGUGACUAGGCCUGUAGAGCUUGUGGGUACUGCUGAACAAAUAUCUAAGGCAGAGCAGUUGAUAAAUGAUGUUCUUGCUGAGGCUGAAACAGGGGGUUCUGGCAUAGUUUCCCGGCGAUUGACAGGACAGGCUGGAAGUGAACAUUUUGAAAUGAAGAUUCCGAAUAACAAGGUUGGUCUGGUGAUUGGUAAAGGUGGUGAAACAAUUAAAAACAUGCAAGCUAGAACUGGAGCUCGUAUUCAGGUGAUACCUUUGCACUUGCCCCCAGGUGAUACAUCAACAGAAAGGACAUUACAUAUAGAUGGGACAAGUGAACAGAUUAAACAUGCAAGAGAAUUGGUUGAUGAGGUCACAAGUGAGAACCGUAUGAGAAAUCCAUCAAUGGUUGGAGGAUUUCCACAGCAAGGUUAUCAAGCAAGACCAGCCUCAAGCUGGGGCCAAGGGGCUCCUCCAAUGCAACAGCCUGGUUAUGGUUAUUUGCAGCCUGGGGCAUAUCCUGGCCCAUCAUCGCAGUACAACAUGUUGCAGCCUCCUUAUGGGGGCUACCCUUCCCAACCGUCAUCUGGUGGAUAUGCCUCUGGUUGGGACCAGUCAUCUGUACAACCAAACCAGCAAACCUCUGCUGCAAGUGGUUAUGAUUACUAUAACCAACAGCCUUCACAGCAGCAGCAGCAAACCUCUGGUGAUUCGGUAACUCCAGCUGAUAACAGUGGUUACAAUUACAGUCAACCUCCAGCUUCUAGCUAUAUGCAACCAGGACAAGGUUAUUCUCAGUAUGGCUAUGGUGGAUACCAUCAAUCUGGUUAUGGGCAGCCAUCAUCAUACGAUCAGCAGCAAAGUUAUGGUUCUGCUUCGAGCUACGGUAAUGUGACAAAUCCAACUCAAGGUGGUCAAGGGGAUUCAGGUCAGGCACCUACGUCUACCCAACCGUCUGCAACAGGCCAACAAGGGUAUAAUACUAGUCAGCAGCCUAACCCAAACCCUGGAAGUUAUCCACCUCCAGGAAGUACUCAACCUGGUUAUGGAAUGCCGCCUUCCCAAACUGGCUAUGGGAAUCAGCCACCAGCACAGCCUGGUUAUGGAGCUGGAUAUGGACAACCACAAACGCAGAAACCUUUGGCCAAUCCCCAGAUGUAUGGGCAGGCUCAACAGUCGCCUAGCACCCCAGGAAGUUAUGGCCAGCCAGGAUAUCAUUCACAGCCGCCAUCUUCUGGUUAUGGUCAACCAGAGACAGGUUCACAACUUGCUCAACCACCAAGUUAUGGUGCGGCAUCUGCCCAGCCUGGAUAUGGAGCCCCAACCUAUGGAGCUGGUUAUGGAGCACCUUAUAACACCUCUUAUGGUGGUAGUUACUCACAGCCUCCAACAUAUCCAGCCGACAACAAUGCUGGUGGGAGCACUAAUGGAAAUUACGAUGCAGCACCAGCAUCUAAAACUGUUGACCAGGGUGGAGUUGCCAAGGCAUCCCCCAAAAGUUGAUUUGGCCGUAGUACGAUUUUAUAAUUUUGAAUUUGUGGUCUAGUUUUUGCAUUGUUUUUAGGACAAUGCUUAGAGUGUGUUGAGUGUUUUUACUUGAAUAUUUAAAUGUGCUUUUAAUGGUAUUGGAUUUGGUUUA